AUGCCGUUAUGCAUCGGCUUCAAGGAAUUCGCAACCCGCCUGCAGCACUUCAUGGGUCGCAAGCCCAAGGCCAAGCGACGAUCCAUCACAAUCUCUGCACCAUACAACUUCAAGCAUGAGUCGGCCAACCUGCCCGGUAUCUCGGAGGAUGAGAUCACAAUCUUGAAGGAGAAAGCUGCCGCCAGCCGCCUUGGCGUCGCGGACGGAGCAGCCGACGGAGGUGCCGCCACUGCCGCCCCGUCGGCAUCCCUGCGCAUCCCCGGUGGUACCAGCCCCGGCGGCCGUCCCACACGCCCCGCCCCGCCUUCCCCCGUUCGCACCACCAUCACACCGUCCGUGCACAUCACCCCGAACACGCCCAUCUCGCCUUCUGUGGCCGAUGCCAACAACAUGAUUUGA